ACUGCCAAAAGCAAGCACCAACUCGUUUCCAAAGCGCCAGCUGCGAGCAGAGCAGGGAAGCGAGGACUACAAUUCCCAGAAACCCCCUUUGCAAAACGUAACUUCGCGCAACGGAAGGACGCGGGCCCAAGGACUACAAUUCCCAGCGGCCACUGGGCUUCCGUGCGCCCCAGCUUGGAGGAGCCCGGAUGAGGGAUGGGAUGGAAUUGUCAGGAGCGACGCCGAGGAAGCGCCCGCAGGAGCCCCGGGAAGGCGCGCAAGGGGUGGGUGGGCGGGCUGGCUUUUGGGGGACCCUGGAGGGGCGAAAGACGUCAUAGAGCUGGGAGGAGGAGGAGGAGGAGCAGGAGGAGGCAGAACUCUUUUUUGCAAAAAGGCUCCUCUCUUUGCACGCCCUGCCAUUGUUGCUGGAUAAGUGCUUUCCGGACUGAAAAAUAAAACUAAAAGGGGGCGGGGGACAUUCCAGACAAAGAAGGCAAAUAAGGCUCCCAAAGGAAGUAGCCGGAAUGGCUAACUAAUUCCCGUGGCUUUUCUGGAUGGCAAGGGGGGUUCCUUGCCUGCACACUCAAUAGGAUUCCAUCAACCUGCUGCCACUUGUCUCUCCACACUCCCAUGGCAACCUUGCCUGGGAGGCUGUUGGUCUGCAGUUUAUGGGUGGCUGCCUUCUUGGUCCCGGAAGAGGAUAGAGAUAGUCAAAAGUCUUUUUUCUUUCUUUUUCUUAAGAGGGCACCUUUUAUUCAGAAGGCUAGUGUGGUUAAGAGUGUUGGACUGAGACGAGGGAGAUUGGGUACCCAAUGGCCUUGAAGCUCACUUGGAUAUCCCAUGAUCAGACAUAUUCAUAUUCUCUCUCUCUCUCUCUCUCUCCUCUCUUCUGUUCUCUUCUGCUCUGUUUUCUCUCUGUGUGUCUCUCUCAGCCUGACAGGGUUGUUAACUGGGAUCCCACAGCUAAUUCUCCCCUGGUCUCCUCGCUGGCCCAAAUAGGACUAAUUUAGCCAGCUAGCCCUGGUGAUCAUCGAAUGUUUAUUGGAUGGAUUUCCCCCCUAAAUUGAUUAUUGAAUUCUGAAUUUAUUGUUGUUCACGUUUUAUACUGUAUUUUAUGCUGUUUUUUGUUGCAUAAAUUUGUUGUUAGCAGCCCUGAGCCUGAUUUUCUGAACCGGGAAGGGCGGGUUAUAAAUAUUUUUUUAAAAAUUAUUAUUAUUAUUAUUCAUUGGUUGGGGGCGGGGAGAAAAGGGGAAAGUGAAGUAGAGGAUGCUCUGGGAACAAGUGGGGCGAAGAGGGUUGCAUGUAUGUGACUCUGUGUUGCUCGUAUCCCCAAUUUUGAUAAGCCACCCUUUGGUCCCCCGCAGAAUGCAGAAUGAUGUCGGCGCUUGAAUCCGGAUUAUCCCCCCUUUCUGUAGAAAUGGCCAGGGCAGCAACGGAGCUGACUCAGGUAAGGAGGAAGGCUCUGCGAUGGGGAAGGAACAGGCACCUAUGGCUGCUGCCCUGACUUGAGAGGGAAAACUUGACAGCUAUGCUCCUGCCUCCUGCUUCAAUUCCAGCUUCAAUUCCAGUUGUGGCUAGUUUUGCUAUAGUACAGUGGUACCUCGGGUUAAGUACUUACCGUAUUUUUCGCUCUAUAACACGCACCCGAUCAUAACACGCACGUAGUUUUUAGAGGAGGAAAAUCCGUAGGCAUGCCACCCGUAGGCAUUCCCUCCAUAACACGCACAGACAUUUCGCCUUACUUUUUAGGAGGAAAAAAAGUGAGUGUUAUGGUGCAAAAAAUACGGUACAGUGGUGCCCCGCAAGACGAAUGCCUCGCAAGACGGAAAACCCGCUAGACGAAAGGGUUUUCCGUUUUUGAGUUGCUUCGCAGGACGAAUUUCCCUAUGGGCUUGCUUCGCAAGACGAAAAUGUCUUGCGAGUCUUGAGAUUUUUUUUCGCUCCCCCCCCUUUUUCUAAGCCGCUAAUAGCCUUUUAGCAGCUAAGCCGCUAAGCCUUUAAUAGCCGCUAAACCGCUAAUAGCGCUAAUCCGCUAAUAGGGUUGCUUCGCAAGACGAAAAAACCGCUAGACGAAGACACUCGCGGAACGGAUUAAUUUCGUCUUGCGAGGCACCACUGUAAUUCGUUCCGGAGGUCUGUACUUCACCUGAAACUGUUCUUAACCUGAAGCACCACUUUAGCUAAUGGGGCCUCCUGCUGCCACCGCACCACCGGAGCAUGAUUUCUGUUCUCAUCCUGAAGCAAAGUUCUUAACCUGAAGCACGAUCUCUGGGUUAGAGGAGUCUGUAACCUGACGCAUAUGUAACCUGAAGCAUAUGUAACCUGAGGUACCACUGUAUUUCUGAUCUGGAUUGGAGAGAGAGCGGCAGAGAGGGCAUUUAGAGGGUGCUCCCCACUUACGCGAUUUUCACUUAUAUGGCAACGGAGCUGGGUCAGGUAAGGAGGAAGGGUCUGCGGCAGGUGCUGGGGGAGGAACAGGCACCUAUGGCUCCUGCCCUGGACUUGAGAGUCGGAUCCUGCUGGGUUCAGCAGGAUGUUUAUGCCAGGCAACUGACCCAAGCCUGGUCCCUUCCCGCUGCUGUUUCUGCUGGACUCUAACUCCCAUCAUCCCCCCGACCAUUGGCCGUGCUGGCCAGGACUGAUGGGCACUGGAGGGCAACAUCUGGAGGGUGCCCAGUUUGGACAGGCUUUUCCAGAGCAUAGGAUUGGGCUAGGGGAUGCCAAGCAAGCAGCCUUAUUUUCUGCUGGGGCUCAGAAAUACAGUGGUACCUCAGGUUACAGACGCUUCAGGUUACAGACGCUUCAGGUUACAGAUUCCGCUAACCCAGAAAUAGUACCUCGGGUUAAGCACUUUGCUUCAGGAUGAGAACAGAAAUCGUGCUGCUGCGGCGCGGCGGUGGCAGCAGGAGGCCCCAUUAGCUAAAGUGGUGCUUCAGGUUAAGAAUAGUUUCAGGUUAAGAAUGGACCUCCAGAAUGAAUUAAGUUCUUAACCAGCGGUACCACUGUUCAGGCUCUUCUGCCCACCUGAUCUACAGAGCUAUUGGCACAGGAUAGGAGAGCCAUGUUCAGAAAUAAUAAGAAUUGGGUGAAAAGUUCCUGCAUUGCUAAAUGGUUCUUGUGGUCCCUUCCAACUCUGUGAUUCUAACUCCCAUUACAAUAGAAGAUGUGGGUAGGGAGAAUCCAGCCUCCUAAGGCCAGAAAGGGCACUUGCCUUUUGUUCCCCGCCUGCGAUGUUGAGGUUUACUUAUCCUCUCUGUCAGUGGUAAGCAUAUUUAACAUCAUAGCGUACAUACUAAAAGUGGCCUAAGUUUUCCUUUUGCCGGUGCUUAUAUAGCCAAAACGACACCUGCCUGUCCAGGAGCAAACAGGCAUGGGCAAACACGGCCCUCCAGAUGUUUUGUGACUACAAUUCCCAUCAUCCCUGACCACUGGUCCUGUUAGCUAGGGAUGAUGGGAGUUGUAGUCCCAAAACAUCUGGCGGGCCGAGUUUGCCUAUGCCUGGCUUAGAGCUAGGAAUGUUACCCAUGCAAAGAAGUUGUUGUAAAAUCAAAAUUUUUAAAGCUGACAUGCCAUAAAUCUUUUCAAACUAUUCACUGACUAAUUGAUUACAUUUUCUAAAAAAAAACCUGAAAUGUCGUUCAUGAAGUAGUGGGAACUAGACAGAACCCUUUAUUCUUACAGAGUCCGGUGACUUUUGAAGAUGUGGCCGUCUAUUUCACGGAGAGCCAGGGGGCUCUGCUGGAUCCAGACCAAAGGGCCUUGUACAGGGAUGUCAUGAUGGAGAACUAUGGGAAUGUAACUUCACUGGGUAAGGAGUUUGCAGCCUCGAUGUAGAGGCCUGAUCCUCGCUGAGGCUGUCAACCUGUUGUUGUUUAGUCGUUUAGUCGUGUCCGACUCUUCGUGACCCCCUGGACCAGAGCACGCCAGGCACUCCUGUCUUCCACUGCCUCCCGCAGUUUGGUCAAACUCAUGCUGGUAGCUUCAAGAACACUGUCCAACCAUCUCGUCCUCUGUCGUCCCCUUCUCCUUGUGCCCUCCAUCUUUCCCAACAUCAGGGUCUUUUCCCUCUUCUUAUGAAGUGGCCAAAGUAUUGGAGCCUCAGCUUCACGAUCUGUCCUUCCAGUGAGCACUCAGGGCUGAUUUCCUUCAGAAUGGGGAGGUUUGAUCUUCUUGCAGUCCAUGGGACUCUCAAGAGCCUCCUCCAACACCAGAAUUCAAAAGCAUCAAUUCUUCAGCGAUCAGCCUUUAUGGUCCAGCUCUCACUUCCAUACAUCAUUACUGGGGAAACCUAUAUCAACCUAUAUCUGCACUAUAUAAGAUGGAAGCUCAUCUUAAAAUGUUGUAUUUUAAUUUUGUUUUUAAGUUGUAAUCAUUCAACUUGUUUUUAUUAUUGCUUGUAAGCCGCUCUGAGCCCGGCCUUGGCUGGGGAGGGCGGUGUAUAAAUAAAAAUUAUUAUUAUUAUUAUUAUUAUUAUUAUUAUUAUCUGUGGGAAUUCUUAUGCACCCAUGAAGAGCUUCUGAGGAAUCUCAGAUUUCCCCAGGACUCAGUUUGAGUAGCACUAUUUAAGGAAUUAUGACAAGGUACAUCAAGUACUCUCUGUCGGCCAUGAAGGAGGAGCAGGAAGAAACUUAAACACACAGCAGAGUUCCCAAAAAAUAGACUAGAGGGCAUUGUACUUCAUCCAGCAGAGCUUUGGCAAAUGAGCAUAAUGGUCACAAAUCCAGCACAUUCAGGAUUGGUACACUCCAUAAAAAAUCCAGUUGCGGCAAUUACAAGAAAACUUACAAUACUUAUAAUAAGUUUAAACUGUAACACUAUAGCAAACAGAAACAGAACACCAGAACAAAGGAGACAGAAAAGAGAAAGUGAGUGAGGCCCAGGCUUCUCCUGGUCUUACUAUUAUAGUCAGUAUGGCCUUGACAAAAAGAUAACAGAAGCAGUUAAAACCAGCUGUACUCAACUUCCCAGAAGAAAUAAUCCAAACAACAGAAACCUUCCUGUUUCUUUCACAUAGAAAGAAACUUUCUAGAACCCUCUUGAACUAAGCAGAAUAGGAAAGAUCAGUGUUUUCUGUACUAAGAAAUGCAAACUGACACUCUCACGUUGCCUUGCCUACAGGAUUUCUGUGCCCAAAGCCUGAACUCAUCUCCCAGAUGGAACGAGGAGAAGAACUCUGGGUACCCGAAUCCCAAAACAGAGGUGAAGCAGGGAUCCUUGAUGUCUGCUCAGGUAAGUUGUUGGUGAUAAAAAAAACCUCAGCCAGUUGAUGUUCUUCCCUUGCCUCCCUUUUAGUGAUUGUUUGGAACACUCCUUCUCCCUUGUGCAAGUUACAGGGAACCAGGCAGAGGGCCUUCUCAGUAGUGGCGCCCUCCCUGUGGAAGGCCCUCCCACCAGAUGUCAAAGAGAAAAACAACUACCAGACUUUCAGAAGACAUCUGAAGGCAGCCCUGUUUAGGGAAGCUUUUAAUGUUUGAUGUAUUACAGUAUUUUAAUUUUUUUUGGAAGCCGCCCAGAGUGGCUGAGGAAUAAAUAAUAUUGAUUGAUUGAUUGAUUGAUUGAUUGAUUGAAUUUCUUAUCCACAAUAUCCCAGGGCGAGUUAUAAUAAUAGAAUCAUAAAAACAAGUAAGGCUGUUCCAACCAAAACGUAACAGUAUAGAUUCAACAAAAUCAUCACCAUCCAUUUCUUAAAUCACCACCAUCUCAAGAUAAUUAAGAUACAGUGGUACCUCUGGAUGCGAACGGGAUCCGCAAACUCCAUAGAACAUAAAACGUGGGUUCUCAGGAGAUUGUGGAGUUGUCCUUCGUUGGAGGUUUUAAAGCAGAGGUUGGAUGGCCAUCUGUCAGGGAUGCUUUAGCUGAGAUUCCUGCAUUAGGUCGGGGGGUUUGGGUUUCUUUGUUGAGCGCUGCUGCUUUUUUGUAUUUUUAUUUUAGAUUUUGUUGCGAUUUAUGUGGGAAUCGUUCAGUUUGGUUUUGUAUUUUUUAAUGAUUCAUUUAUUGAUUUUGACUACUUUUGCUAUGUCAUGGGUAUGUAUUUGUUUCAUGUUGUAAGCCACCUUGAGCACGGUUUGAGCUGUGGAAAGGCAGCGUACAGAUAAAAUUAUGCAGGGGUUUAUGUAUGUACAUUGGUACGUCGGGUUAAGUACUUAAUUCGUUCCAGAGGUCCGUUCUUAACCUGAAACUGUUCUUAACCUGAAGCCCUAUUUCUGGGUUAGCGGAGUGUGUAACCUGAAGCGUAUGUAACCUGAAGCAUAUGUAACCGACGUACCACUGUACAGUGGUACCUCGCAAGACGAAUGCCUCACAAGACGAAAAACGCGCAAGACGAAAGAAUUUUCCGUUUUUUGAGUCGUUCCGCAAGACGAAUUUCCCUAUGUGCUUGCUUCGCAAGACGAAACGUCUUGCGAGUUCUUGCGAGUUUGUUUCCUUUUUCUUAAAGCCGCUAAGCCGUUAAUAGCCGCUAAGCCGCUAAUAGCCGUGCUUCGCAAGACGAAAAAACCGCAAGACGAAGAGACUCGCGGAACGGAUUAAUUUCGUCUUGCGAGGCACCACUGUAUAUGUAUUUGAAAGGGGUUGAAGUAGAUGACUGUUGGGGUCCCUUCCAACUCUACAGUUCUAUGAUUCCAUUCAUUUAGAACAUGGACUAAGAAAUCCUCCUUUCUCCUACCAGGUGACCCUCUGGAAAUGGAAGCGUGCCCCCGGUGUGGGAAUCGUUGCGGCGUCGUGCCCCAGAGAAUCUUGGUGGGCAAGAGAUCUUUCCGGUGUCUGGUGUGCGGGGAGUGUUUUGCUCGGCAGCCGGGCCCCGUCGCGACCCGGGCGGGAGAGAAAACCUACAAAUGCCAGGAAUGCGGCGAUGGCUUCGAACAGCACGCAGCCUUCGUGAGCCACUGGAGGGUGCACACCGGAGAGGAGCCGUACGAAUGUCUGGAGUGCGGGAGGUGUUUCCCUCAGCCCUCGUCCCUCGUGAAGCACCGGCGCAUCCACGCGGCGGCCGGCAGGCCUCGCCACACGUGCCUGGAGUGCGGGAAGGGCUUCGCUCAGGAGUCGUCCCUUUCGGCCCACCAGAAAACCCACCUGCAGGAGAAGCCCCACAAGUGCUUGCAAUGCGGGGAACACUUUGCCGACCACCCGGCCUUUGUGAGGCACCAGAGGGUCCACACGGGGAGGAAGCCCUACAAGUGCCUGGAGUGUGGGAAGUGCUUUGCUGACCGGUCGCACGUCGUGGCACACCAGAGAGUUCACCAGGGAGCCAACCCCUACAAGUGCCUGGAGUGUGGGGAAUGUUUUGACCAGCACUCUGCGCUCGUGAGCCACUGGAUGAUCCACACCGGGGAGCAGCCCUACGAGUGUCUGGAGUGCGGCAAGUGUUUUCCCCGGCCCUCGGCGCUCGUGAAACACUGCCGCGUCCACACCUCUGAGAAGCCCUACACGUGCCUGGAGUGCGGCAAGUUCUUCGCUCAGCAGUCGGGGCUGGUGAAACACCAGCGCAUCCACACGGGGGAGAGGCCCUACGCCUGCUCCGAGUGCGGGAAGUCUUUCGCCGACAGCUCGUCCCUGGCCAGGCACAAAAGGGUCCACACGGGGGAAAAGCCCUUCGCCUGCUCCGAGUGCGGGAAGCGCUUUUCAGACCGCUCGAACGUCUUGGCUCACAAGAGGGUCCACACGGGCGAGAGGCCCUACAAGUGCCUGGAGUGCGGGAAGUGCUUCUCUCACCGGUCGCACAUCGUGAAGCACCAGAAGUUUCACGUGAAAGAGAAGCUGUCGGCCGCGGGCACGCUGCCUUGUCCUGGAGCAGUUAAACAAGAAGCGCUCUGAAUCUCUGGUGAGGGUCAUUCCAUAUCAAGUGAUCCGAUUUUUAAUUAAUUUUUUUCCAUCCAAUUUUCUUUCUUUUUUUUGAAUAUUUUUUAUUAGGAAUUUCAACAUAACAAUUUAUCAAAAACACAUCCUCCUCCUCACACUGAGAGCCAGUGUGGUGUAGUGGUUAAGAGCGGUAGUCUCGUAAUCUGGUGAACUGGGUUCGCUUCCCCGCUCCUCCACAUGCAGCUGCUGGGUGACCUUGGGCCAGUCACACUUCUCUGAAGUCUCUCAGCCCCACUCACCUCACAGAGUGUUUGUUGUGGGGGAGGUAGGGAAAGGAGAAUGUUAGCCGCUUUGAGACUCCUUCGGGUAGUGAUAAAGCGGGAUAUCAAAUCCAAACUCCUCAAAUCCAAACUCCUCCUCCCCCAUUUUUCCCCUCCCCCCUCCUCAUAAAAGCAACCCCCACCCCCACCCCAGACUUCCCUCAGCUCCUCUCUCUGGUUUUUCAGCACAUGUUAUUCUCUGCAUAUUAUAAAAUUGUAAAUCCAAUUUUCUUAAAACUUUGUACACUCUUUACACCUGUUGUACACUUGUUGAAUGAGCAAAACUAAGUUUAAAUCUAAACUUUUAAUUCUUUCAUCUCGUCCCUUUUUUGACGUAUGAAGGUUUGGAAUUUCAAAAAAUUGACAGUUUUGAUCAUGCCCUAUUACACAAAAACCUUAAAAGCUCAGCCCAGAAUGGAGAUACUUCAAAACUAAAAAUACAGAAGUUUAAUAUGAUGUGGCACAUGAUGGGUCUCCUUUAAAUUUUAAAAUUAAGCUAAAAAAUUUAAAGGUGAUUUUAAAAAAUGAAUAUGAUUAAGAUCCCCCCCAAUGUAUGGAAUAUUUCAUAUUUCUAAAAGCUUCCUGCAAAAUUUCAUCUUGGGAUCUCAAUGACAUCACAGUUAAUAAAAAUAUUUUGUACGUACCUGUCUGCCUUAUUGGAUUCUAUUUAGCAUAAUUUGGUUUUCUUGGAGUGAAAUAUAGCAGAAUAAACCAGACCUUCAGGCAUUUCUUUAAAAAGUUAUUCAGUUAAAAGCUAGUUUGGCUUUUCUUUUAAAAAUGUAUUUCAAAGCAGAACGAUAGCUUGCCGAAAUCUGGGAUCUUCGCUUAUACUACUUUUAGGAAACUAAAACUGAAAGCAAUAUAAAAUGGUAAGGUAAAAGUCACUGGAUCACUUGGCAUGGAAUGACCCAUGAGAGGUGUAUUUCCCUGUUAACAAAUCGCCUAGAGAGUUUUGCGCAGCACUAAGCUUGGAAAUGUGAACCCACGUUGGACUGCCACAGUUCUAAAUUCUGCACAGGGGAGUUCUCUCAGGUGAAUGAACUCUUGAAGCACCUGAGUCCAGAGCUGGUUGCAUUGAAUGGUGCUUUUUCCAAGGCCCUAAACUUGAUGUGAAUUGAGAGAUUUGUGCUUAGGACUGAUGUGCAUCUGAUUCCUCCAGUUUCUCCAGUAACAUCAAGUGAAAAGAGAUCAGGGGUGCGACAUUACUGCACUUGACAUUUCCCUGCCUCCCGG